AUGUCAGCAGCACAUUUUGAAGUAUUGGUUCAGUUAGUUGGGCCUAGCACUGAAAGAACACGUGAAACCAUAGCACGCCGACCUAUAUCUGUUGGCGAGCGAUUGGCUUUGACACUAAGAUAUGUUGUUUCUGGAGACAGUAUGGUUUCAUUGUUUUCCCAAUUUCGAAUGGGAAAAUCUACUGUUUUUAAUAUAAUUUUCGAAACAUGUACAGCAUUAUGGAAUAAAUUACGAGCAUCUGUUUUAGAAUUGCCAACAACUGAAGAUUGGAAAGGAAUUGGAAGAGGAUUUGAAUCUCAGUGGAAUUUUCCUAAUUGUAUUGGUGCAAUCGAUGGAAAACACAUUCCCAUACAAGCUUCCGCGGGUGCUGGUUCUGAAUAUUAUAAUUACAAAGGAUUUCAUAGUAAAGUGUUAUUGGCUAUAUGUGAUUAUCGUUACGCAUUUACGAUGUUGGAUAUUGAAGCUACUGGGCGCCAGAGCGACGGUGGUAUUUUCUCACGAUCGAAAAUGAGAAAAUAUUUUGAAGAAGACAGAAUGGGAGUGCCAAAUCCGUUGGAGAUCAAGCAUUUUCCUUGA